GCACCCCAAUUCUGGGAAACAUCAACUUCGGCCUACAGAUGCAUCGGCAAAAUUUACAAAAAAGGAGCCUAUUAUACACAAGAGGAUGUCGUAUGGCAUGCAUGGCAAGCCAUCCUCAACAUCUAUUUUCCACAAGUCGUGGCGACACCAAAUGGCAUAUCCUGGUCUGUUGAACGAGAGGCCUGCAGAGGCUUGCCUCCCGGACAAACUCCCUCAGGCACCAAGCCGGACGUAAUUGAGGUCAGAUUGAAUCCAAUCGUGGUGCUUCCAGGCCGUCCCUCUAGGACUCAAGGCAGAGAUUUCCUGUGGGUGGAA